CCCACUAAGCAGUAAUCAAUCAUUCCCCCUCAUCGCUCAUCGUCACUACCAUCCCUCUCUCUCUCCCUCUCUUCCAUCCACAGCUUCAAACUUCUUUUACCUUUCUGAAAUAGAAAUCCAAUUCUGUGAAUCGGAUUCUCUCUCUUCUAUUCCAUCUAACUACAAAUACCAACCACACAUCUUCGCUCUUCCAAUCCCUCAACAUGAGCGGUCCAGUCGGCGAUUUCGGCCUCAUCGGCCUGGCUGUCAUGGGACAGAACCUGAUCCUCAAUGCUGCUGAUAACGGAUUCACCGUUGUGGCCUUCAACCGUACCGUCAGCAAGGUCGACCACUUCCUCGAGAACGAGGCCAAGGGAAAGUCAAUCGUCGGUGCUCACUCCAUCGAGGAGUUCUGCUCCAAGCUUAAGUCUCCCCGCCGCAUCAUGCUCCUCGUCAUGGCCGGCAAGCCCGUCGAUGACUUCAUCGAGACUCUCCUCCCCCACCUCGAGAAGGGCGACAUCAUCAUUGAUGGCGGCAACUCGCAUUUCCCAGACACCACCCGCCGCACAAAGUACCUCGACACCAAGGGUAUCCGCUUCGUCGGCUCCGGUGUCUCUGGUGGUGAGGAGGGUGCCCGCUACGGCCCCUCGCUGAUGCCCGGUGGUAACGAGGAGGCGUGGCCUUUCAUCAAGGACGUCUUCCAGUCCAUUGCUGCCAAGUCUGAUGGCGAGCCUUGCUGCGAGUGGGUUGGUGAUGAGGGUGCUGGCCACUACGUCAAGAUGGUCCACAACGGUAUUGAGUACGGUGACAUGCAGUUGAUCUGCGAGGCCUACGAUAUCAUGAAGCGCGCUCUUGGAAUGUCGAACAAGGAGAUCGGUGACGUUUUCACCACCUGGAACAAGGGCGUCCUCGACUCCUUCCUGAUCGAGAUCACCCGCGACAUCAUGUACUUCAACGACGAGACCGACGGCCAGCCCCUCCUCGAGAAGAUCCUCGAUUCCGCCGGCCAGAAGGGAACCGGCAAGUGGACCGCCAUCAACGCUCUCGACCUCGGCAUGCCCGUCACCCUGAUCGCCGAGUCCGUCCUCGCCCGCUGCCUCUCCUCCAUCAAGGGCGAGCGCACCCGCGCCUCCGAGAAGCUGCAGUUCGUCGGCCGCUCGACCAAGUUCGAGGGCAACAAGGAGCAGUUCCUCGCCGAUCUCGAGCAGGCCCUCUACGCCUCCAAGAUCAUCUCCUACGCCCAGGGCUUCAUGCUCAUGCAGGAGGCCGCCAAGGAGUACAAGUGGAAGCUCAACAAGCCAUCCAUCGCCCUCAUGUGGCGCGGAGGAUGCAUCAUCCGCUCCGUCUUCCUCAAGGAUAUCACCGACGCCUACCGCACCAACCCAGACCUCGAGAACCUCCUCUUCUCCGACUUCUUCAACAAGGCUAUCCACACCGCCCAGCCCGGAUGGAGAGACGUCGUCUCCAAGACUGCCCUUCUCGGUAUCCCAACUCCUUGCUUCAGCACUGCGCUGUCGUGGUUCGAUGGUUACCGCACUAAGGAUCUCCCCGCCAACCUGCUCCAGGCCCAGCGUGAUUACUUCGGUGCCCACACCUUCAAGAUGAAGCCAGAGGCUGCCAAUGAGAAGUACCCCGCUGACACUAACAUCCACGUUAACUGGACUGGACGUGGAGGAAACGUGUCGGCGUCGACGUACCAGGCUUAGAGGGAUUGCUUGCUAGGGUGACUUAAGUUGGGUCGUUCGGAUAAUGAGGGGAAAGGAGGCAAAAGUAUUGUGCCUUCUGGAGGAAAAUACUGAAGACUGAAUGAUGGAAAAAGGGAAAAAUUUAGAUUGUGAAGAUGUGAGAGUGGAGGGAAUG